GAGUGCGCCAGCGGGCACAUUUUCAUAAAUUUUUUGCGCCCACCUCGUCUCUGGCAAAGCAAAUCAUCAACGGUCAUUCGAUUCAGCUCGCAUCCAGGGCUCUGAACAGCGAAGAAAAAGUCAGCUCUCCGCCACAAGAAAACACUCGCUUCUGCUGUUUAUUCUUCUCAUUUUAACAGACGACGAAACGCACAGCUUCCAACAUGUUCUGGGGACUCAUUAUGGAACCGCAGAAGCGUUACUCGCAAACCGUCCACAGGUCGUUCCACAUCUCGAUGGCUGCCUUGGACCUGUGCUCAUGCACUGACGAACCGGUCCAGGUGAUGUGCGGCUUCGAGAACAGAAAGUAUCUGCUCUGCACAUUGCAAAAGGACAAGAUCCUCCAGGUCCCACUCGAUGUCAACUUUGAGGUUGGAGAUCAAAUUUCCUUCAUCACAAAUGGAGAAUCGCAUGUGCACCUCACGGGUUACUUGAAUGAGGAUUUCAACUUGGAUGAAGAGGAUAUCGAGGAGGAGGAAGAUGAUGAUGAACAGGAGUUGGAUGUGAGCCAGAGCAAUAUCGUCAGCGGAAAACGGGCGAAAAAGAUGUGCAGCAACUCGUUGCAACUUUCAUCAAAUAGUUUAGCGCAAAAAAUUAACGUUAAACUCAACGCUUUGGCACAAAAAGACGCCCCGCCUGCUAAGAAGAGCAAAACAAUGCAACUGCUGGACAGCGUGAACAGCCAAGAUGAUGAUGACUCAGAUGAUUCUGAUGUCAACUUGUCGGAUAUUUUAAAUGAAGAUGAUGAUGAGGAUGAAGACGAGAGCAACGUUCAGGAAGAAGGCGAGGAAGACGACGACGAUGAUGAAGAUGGCGCCGAAGAGGAAGAUGAUGAUGAGGAUGGCGCUGAAGAGGAUGAUGAUGAUGAUGAAGAAGAGGAGGAGGAAGAUGAUGACGACGACGACGACGAUGAAGAAGAGGACGUGAAGCCGAAGAUGAACGGAACUGCUAAGGAUGCCAAGAAGAACAAGGUCGCUGAGGUGACUGGCAAGAAGCAGAAGGAGCAACAAGUUAAGCAGGAGAAGAACCAACAACAGCAGCAGGAGAAGAAGGGCGAUAAGAAGCAGCAGCAGCAGCAGGAGAAGAAGGAAGUUGCUCAGAAGAAGAAAAUCGAGGGCGGAGUGUUAAUCGAGGAUAUGAAAGUGGGCAACGGUAAAGUCGCGCAGAAGGGCAAGACCGUUCAGGUGUACUACGAAGGUCGCUUCAAGACCAACAACAAAGUGUUCGAUUCGACGACCAAGGGAGCCGGUUUCAAGUUCCGUUUGGGCAAGCAGGAGGUCAUCAAGGGAUGGGAUGCUGGUGUCGCUGGCAUGAAGGUCGGCGGUAAACGUCGCAUCGUCUGUCCACCACAUAUGGCUUACGGCCCGAAAGGAUCUCCACCUGUAAUCCCACCGAACUCGACGCUCGUCUUCGAAGUGGAACUGAAGAACGUCCACUAAACAGCAACUGCAUCAGCAGCAAUUAUUCGCUGUGGAUAAUUCACAUGAACUGACAUCAUUUACUUUUAAUUCGAAUGCGUCGUCGAGUCGUGUCUUUUUUUUUCUUUUAAUACUUAUUAA